AUGGAGCUGUACGGGACCCGGCAGCCCGGGACGCCUCUCCGCUGUCCCGGAGGCUGCGAGGUGAGGGCGCGGCGCCUCCUGCACGGCUCCCGGUCUCACGCUCCUCCUCAGUGCGCCGCAGACGGGAGCUUCCUGCCGGUUCAGUGUCGACUCAUCAACACCACCGACAGGGCGGAGCUGGACCUGCUGCACACCUUCAACAGGUUCCCAGAAGCCUUUGAGACGUUCGGUAGUUUCAGGAAGUUUUUCCCGACUGUUUCAUCGUUCUGCUUCUGUUCAGACAGCAGAGGCCGAGAGAUGGAGAACACAGGUGUGGAGCUCCUCCUCUCGGAGGUGUAUGACUCGGCGUUCUCCGGCCUCCGGUCCGGCCGCUCCUUCUCUCAGACCGCCGUGUACCGGGUCCUGGAGCGGAGGAUGCUGGGAGUCCAGCUGGCCCUCAGCGGGCACUUCAGAUGUCCCUCUGCCUGCGAGGCGGAGCGGAGGGCAGCGAUGGACUCGCAGAGUGUUCGCGUCCCGUCCUGCGAGGCCGGAGGAGCCUUCAGCUCCAGGCAGUGUCAGCUGGGGGGGCGGUGCUGGUGUGUGGACCCCACCGGGAGGGAGCUUCCUGGGACACGGCAGGCAGGAGACUCCCUGGUCUGCAGUUCAGGCCUCGCUGGCUGUCUCUCUCAGCGCCGCCUGGCUCUCUCCCGGCUCUUCUCCGGUCCCGUGGACCCUCCCAUCCGGGCCUCCUCCGUCAGACCCCCGGCCUCCUGUCUCUCCCUGCUCCGGCCUGUCGAGGAGCUCCUGCCGGUGGAGGCGGACCUGACCUCCUUCCUGCCUCGCCUGGUCGAAGUCCUCCACGGCGUCUUCCCCUCGGUGGGCGGGGCUCUGCAGGCUCUGGCUCGCUCGCCCCCCCGUCGCCUCCAGGAGAACCUCUUCGGAGGGAAGUUCCUAAAGAGCGCCGCCUCCUUUAACUUCAGCGGAGCGGUGGGAGCGCAAGGAGCCCUCAGUCCGGACCGGCUCGCCUCUCAGAUGGUCGCCCUCCAGAAGAACCAGGACCUGGUCCAGACUAUCAGCAGAGCUCUGGAGGACCCCGCCUUCCUCUCGGCCCUCCAACACACACUGAGGAGCAGCAGCAGCUCACACUCUUCCUCACUGCAACAGGUUCUGGUUCCUCUCCUCCGGUCCUGCUCCGAGGACGCGUCGGCCAUCUUUGUUCCCAGCUGCACGCCCGCCGGUGGUUUCCGGGAGGUCCAGUGUCAGGACGGCGGCUGCUGGUGCGUCGACGCUCGGGGUCAGGAGGUCGCGGGGUCGCGUACGGCCGGCGGUCGCCCUCGGUGUCCGUCCCGCUGCGAGACGCGGCGAGCGACGGCGCUGAAGGUCAAAGGCAACAUGGCCGCCGGCGCCGAGAUCCACGUGCCGGCGUGCUCGGAGGGCGGGGACUUCCUGCCGCUGCAGUGCGCCGGGGGGCGGUGCUUCUGCGUGGACGCCGAGGGGGCGGCGACCACCGCCGGCUCGCCGGGCGGCGCCGACACCUGUCCGGAGACGCCGACCCAGACGCUCCGCUCUGCAGGUCGCUGCUCUUGGGCGGCCAAUGAGGUCACAGCGUUCAGACAGGAAGUGCAGAGCGUCGUCGCUCUCUCUAACUCCUCCCACCUACCUCUGGGAUACGGAUUCCUAUUGGCCGAAGGUCUGCGUCUGACCGAGGAGGAGCUCCCCGUCGGCCAAUCGGAGGAGGAGCUGCGGAUCUCUGAUAGGCUCCUAGGCCGCUCCAAAGCCGCUCUGCGAUUGGCUGCUUUCUCCACCGUCCAGAUGUUCCGGCCUCCUCAGCAUCGCUCAUACCAGCCUUUCACUCCUCAGUGUGACGCUGACGGACACUGGAUGCACACGCAGUGUUACCACGGCACAGGUCAGUGUUGGUGUGUUGAUGAAGACGGAGAGUACGUCUCUGGCUCUCUGACUAGCCGCUCACUCCACCUGCCCAAAUGUCUGACUCGCUGUCAGAGAGCUCAGGUUCACACGCUGCUCUCUGGUUGGAUGAAAGGAUCUGACAUCAUCAACACGUCACCGCACCAACUGGAGUGUGACCAGGACGGGGGGUUCUCGGUGCUGCAGACAGGUGGCGCUGCAGGCUGGUGUGUGAACCGUGUGACCGGAGAGACGAUACAGUCGGCGACGGCGAGCGCUGCAGGAGAGCUGACAUGUCCCAGCUGGUGUGAGCUGCGGGGCCUUCAGUGUCGCCCCGACGGCUCCUUCGUCCCGCUGCAGUGUGAUGUCACUUCCUGUUGGUGCGUCUCCGAGGACGGACAAGAAGUGGGCGGGACCCAAACGGCCCGACAGACAGAGCGGACGCCGUCAUGUGACCGCCCUCUCUGUCCUGACGCCGCCAUUACCCAUGGUGCACUGCUGUGCCGCCCGGCGGCCAACGGUCGGCAGGCCUGUGACCUCAUCUGUCACCGAGGUUACCAGAACUCACUUCCUGUCGCCAGCUUCCUGUGCCGGACCGAGAGCCGGCGAUGGGACGGAGACGACCGGCCGGUGGGAGGAGCCUGUCAGAUUCCUCAGCCUAUCCAAUCCGUGUCCUCCUCUCAGCUCUGGUCGUUAUCGUCGUCCUGUUCUCAGAUCAGCAGUUUACGGUCUCUGUUGUUCACCUUGAUGACCAGCAGGGGGCUCUGCACCGCUCAGCUUCCAGUGUCGGGUCGCUCCGUGUCGUUGUGUGACGACUCGUCGGUGCGUCUGAUGUGCGACGACAAGCUGCAGCUGACCCUCACCUGGACCGCCCACCUGUCUGACCUCCCGACCUCUGACCUCCCCGACCUCCAGGACGUCGGUGUGUUCCUGAACGGCUCCAGACUCCUGGAGGGCGCUCGGGGGCUUCUGGGUAAUAUCCGCUCCGCGCUCACGGCGGACCCAGAACUCGUUUCCGCUGCAGCGGCGAGCUUCGGCUGCUCAGUCGGUCACCGCCUGGUCGGCGCCGGCGAAGGCUGCGUCGUCUGUCCGGCUGGGAGCUACUCCAGGGAGGGGGCGUGUCUGCUGUGUCCUCAAGGGACCUAUCAGGACCAAGAGGGGCGGGACGUCUGCCACAGGUGCCCUAGAGGCUCCUCCCCUCCCGGAGCGUCGUCCGUCAGUCAGUGUGUGACUGAGUGUCAGAGGCGGGGCCUGCGGUGUUCAGAGCGAGGCGACUUCCUGUCAGCUCAGCCCGACUUCCUUUCCGGCAGAUGGAGGUGUGUCGACAGCAAAGGGGCGGAGCUUGAGUGGACCAACAGCGACAAGCCUCUGACUGAUGACGAGUGCUCAGUUCUCAGCAGGUUUCAGGCUGUUCCCGGAUCAGAUCUGAUUGUGGGAGCUGAAGACACUGAAGUCCUGCAAACAACGACCUCUGACCUCACAUCCUGUGUCCAAGCGUGUGCAGUGGAGCCGUCCUGCCACCAUGUGGCGCUGUUCACCAGACAGACUCAGUGUGAACUGUACAGCACACACACACUGAACACACACUGCAACACCUCGCAGCAGGCCAGAGGGUUUCUGGGUAAUCCUCAGGCCGAGCUCUUUGAUUGGCUGAGCUGCUCUCUGAGAGUGAGGGGCGGGGCUUCAGAUCUACUCGUCAUCAGGAAGAAAGGCAUAGCGUUUGAGAGGGUGAGGAUGAUGAAGGCGGUCUCAGGUGUGUUCAGGACUCAGGUGUUCUCCUCCAGAAGGACCUCCCUCUCCGACGCACAUCGUUUCUGUCAGGACGGCUGCAGCCGCGACGCCUGCUGCGACGGGUUCCUCCUGAACCAGAACCGCCUGGACGGAGGGUCUCUGCUCUGUGGUUGGCUGAGAGCUCCAUCGAUCUUGAUGUGCGGAGACCAGGACUGGGAUGUGAUUGGACAGGCAACGGCCAAUCGCACCUGUGGAACGGGGCUGACCUACAACGAGCAGCAGAGGAGCUUCCUGUUCGACUUCGGGGGGCAAAAGUUCAACAUCACGGACUCUCUGCCGGCCCACAGUAAGAACCAGAAGGACUACCAGGCCUCCAUCGUCAGCUUCCAGGCCGUCUACCUGAACUCUGAUGCUGAUUCAGCAGCUGGGGGUUCUGGUUCUUCUUCCUGUCCAGCACCAGAACUCAGUCCUCCUCUAGAAGCUUCAGUCCAGAACAGGUUUCAGUCUCUCUUGGAGGACGACGUGCUCGUGGACCCUGAGAGGAAACCACCCACACUCUCCUUCUGGCUCAACAGGAGGAACUACAACUCCCAGCAGGCAUUGCUCUGGUGUCUCACACGCUGUGAUGAAGAGCAGCUCUGCUCUGUCGCUGACCUCAGAGACUCCGCCUCUGACCUCGGAGACUCCGCCUCUGACCUUGGAGACUCCGCCUCUGCAGGUUUCUUCUUCUGCUCGUUGUUCUCCGACAGCAGAGCGUGUGGAGCGUAUGACGAACCGCUGAGGAGGCGCUGCCGCCCCCUGCUGUCCAGAGCGCCCAACUGCACCUACAGCAAGAAGGUGAGUCUCACCGGACCGGUGAAGAGUUUCUACCAGAGAGUUUCCUUCCAGAAGAUGGUUUCUUACUCCGUACGCAGCCGAGUCCUCUUGAGAGGAGACACCCCACUGACUGAGGGCUUCAUGGAGUGUGAGCGGCGCUGUGACGAGGAUUCUUGUUGCCGCGGCUUCGGCUUCGUCCGAGACACCAAGUCACCAGGUGGCUCCAGCGUGGUGUGUGUGUCUCUCCUCAGUCUCGGGGUCCAGACCUGCAGUGAGGAUGAUGAGACCUCCUGGAGGACCCAGGACUGCAGGAGGUCUGCAGUGGAGACCAGACCGGACCCCUUCGGCUGGUUCCAGAAGCCUGUGAAUCAGUGGACGUCGUCUCCGGCUCUCUGUCCUCCGUUCAGCCUGCAGACAAACAACGUGUCUCUGGACCAAUGGCGUCUCCUCUCUGACUCGGCGGUGCUCGUCGACCCGUCUGUCUCCACGUAUGAUGUCAUCCACGUGAGCCGUGACGUCGCCGCGGACGGGGACGCGCCCCGUGACUGGUGUCUCCAUGCCUGUCAGGAGGCGGAGUCUUCUUGCGUCGCCGUGUCACUCAGUGAGACGGGGUCCGCCACCCGCUGCGUCCUCUACCCGGACACCACGGCUUGUGGAUUAAGCUCCGCCCCCGGCUCAUCAAUCCCCGCCUCCUCUUGCAGACUGGUCAUCAGAGAGCCCGCCUCCCAGGUGUACCUGAGAACAGAGCGGUUGCCGUUGGUUACAUCUGUCUCCGUCCCGGGUCACGGGACCCUGCGUGGCGUUGUCGUGGAAACGGCCCUGGGAUCAGACAGGAAGUCGGUCGUCCACUUCCUGGGCGUCCCGUACGCUCGUCCACCAAUAGGAUCGCUUCGCUUUGAAGCAGCUCAGCCGGCCGAUUGGUCUGGAACCUGGGACGCCACCAAACCACAUCCCAGUUGUCUUCAGCCUGGUGAUGAAGCGUCUUCAGCCUCCAGUGAAGACUGUCUCUACCUCAACAUCUUCACUCCUGCUGCUUUGAGGGGGCGUGUCCCAGUCCUGGUUUUCUUCUUCAACCCUUCGGCCAAUCAGAAGCCAGGUCUGCUGGAUGGCUCCACCCUCGCCGCUGUGGGUAACAUCGUCGUGGUGACGGCCAGCUACAGGACCGCUGCGCUGGGAUUCCUGAGCACAGGUCCCUCCGGUCUCCGUGGUAACUACGGGCUGUCGGACCAGGAGGCGGUUCUUCUCUGGGUUCACGCCCACAUCUCUCUGGUGGGCGGAGACAACGGGUCAGUGACGGUCGGCUCGGAGCGAGGAGGCGCUGACAUCACCAGCCUUCACCUCCUCUCCUCCUCUUCCUCUCCUCUUUUCCAGCGCAUGAUGCUGAUGGGCGGCUCUGUGUUCUCUCCUUCUCUGGUCCAGACUCCCUCCUCCUCCAGACGUCAGGCGGUCGAUCUGGCCAAAGAGCUCGGCUGCGUGACCUCUGACCUCAUUGACGACGACAAAAUGGCCGCCUGCCUCCGAGCGACGCCGGCGUCCUCGUUAAACGCCGCUCAGACCAAACUGUUGGCGGUCAGCGGUCCGUUCCGGUCCUGGUCUCCGGUCCGGUCCGGGUCUCCGGUCCGGUCCUCGGCCCUCCGCAGAGUGGACCUGCUGCUGGGAACGUCCGAGCACGACGGGCUGAUCGGCCGAGCGCGCAGGAUAAAGGACUUCGAGGCCCUUCGGGGUCGAGCCGACGGCAAGACGGCGUUCUACGAGGCUCUGAGUCGCUCGCUGGGCGGCGCCACAGGAAGUGAGCUCCUGAAGGGGGCGGCGGCCUGGUUCUACUCCCUGGACCAUGGCCCCUCCCCCGCCGGGUACAACCUGUUCUCCAGAGCGCUCAACAACGCCACCAGGGAUCUGUUCAUAAUCUGUCCCAGCCUUCAGAUGGCUAGCCACUGGGCUAACAGUAAAGCUAACGUCUUCCUGUAUCACCAACCCGCCUCCAGCUCUCACAACAGGGCCGAUGUGUCCGUCCCUCUGGACGUUCAGUUUGUGUUCGGGACGCCUCAUCGUCCAAUGAGCUCGCAACGUUUCACUUCCUCUGACCGACGCCUCUCUCUGGCCGUGAUGACCUACGUGUCCAGCUUCAUCAGAACCGGAAACCCAAACCCGUCCCGUGUGUGGGCGGAGUCAGUUCUGCCACGCUGGCAGCAGGUCCUGUCCUCUGAAGCCACGCCCACUUACAUGGAGCUAAGCCCCGCCCUCCAACAUCGUCAGGGUCUGAGUCAGAGCUCCUGCUCCUUCUGGAGCCAACUGGGAACCAGUCUGACCAGUCUGACCAGUCAGAGCGGUGUUUUGGGGGCGGAGCCUAUCCAGCCUGAGUUGACCCCUGAGCUCCCGCUGGCUGCACCAUCCAGCCAAUCACGGACUGAGAAAGACACCUACAACUAAUGACAUCAUCAUCAUCAUCAUCACAGUUGUCUCCAGAUUCAGUGAAGAAAUUAAACGA